AUGUUCUGGCGUUUUGGGGGAUAUGCAAGUAUCUCCACCAUCGAUACACUUCUUGACAAGCCUGAUGUCACCCUCGAAGACCUCCUGGAUGAGCCGGAGAUCAUCCAGGAUCUAAAACAGCAUAAUACGAAACUCAUAGAAUUCCUGCGCGAGGAUCAUGUCUUGAAACGGCUUAUGGACUACGUGACUGCACCGAGUUUGGUGAAUGACGAUGACGACGACGAUGAAGAAGAUACCAAUGAAAAGAAAGAUGCCGCAGUGACUGGCACAACAGAGCAAAGUGCUACUGACGACAAGAAUGAAAAGGAAGAAAAAGAGGAGGAUCCUUUAAAGAGUGUCCUAGACCCAGAGGAUCUCGAAAGGGUUGAGAAACAACGCAUAAAGCAUGCCUAUAUAGCCUGCGAAAUCCUCUCAUCUGAGACAUGGACAAUUCUCGAGACUAUCAUGGAAAACCCCAAUUAUCUUCGCGACUUCUGGGGUUUCCUGCGGCGACCGGCCCCUCUCGACUCCCUGCAAGCAAGCUACUUCACUAAAGUGAACGAGACCCUGCUUGAUAAGAAAACAGAGGACAUGCUGGAUUUCCUCAAAUCGCUCGAUGGGAUUGUUCCCGCGCUAUUGCAGCAUGUAGAUAACCCCAUGGUUAUGGAUCUCCUGCUGAAGAUAAUCAGCCUUGAGAAGGUAGAAGGAGGUCAGGGUACUGUGGACUGGCUCCAUACUCAGCGGUUGAUCCCGACUCUACUUUCCUUCCUAUCGCCAAAUCAACCUGCUUCAGUUCAAACCUCCGCAGGUGAUUUCUUGAAGGCGAUUAUCACCAUCUCCGCAAAUGCGACCCCGAACGACCAAUCGUGCAUUGGCCCCAACAGUUUAACACGUCAACUAGUUUCGGCUGAGUGUGUGCAGCAACUUGUUGAUGCCAUGCUUAAAGGUGGCAACCCAUUGACUGUCGGUGUGGGCAUCGUGAUCGAGGUCAUUCGUAAAAACAAUUCCGACUACGACCCAGAGCAUCUAGGUGGUGGUGAAUCAAUGCCCACCCCCUAUGACCCAAUUUACCUCGGAAACCUUCUUCGCUUGUUUGCCAAACAUAUUCCUCAGUUUAUGGCUUUAAUCCAAAGUUCGAAGCACGCUGUUUACGAUGGAAAGCAAUUAAAGAUUGUUGAACGCGGCAGCUUGAGUUCUGCAUGGGGUGGCAAGAUUGAACCACUUGGUUUCGAUCGUUUCAAGACAUGCGAACUGAUGGCUGAGUUACUGCACUGCAGUAAUAUGGGACUUUUGAACGAGCCUGGUAGUGACGAGUAUGUCCAGCACCGGAAUGAAGAACGCGAACGAUUGAUCAGUGAGGGAUUCUUCAGUCCGCAUCGAGAUGAUAACUCCGGAAUGGAAUAUAAUGACACUACAGCGGACUUCACAAAUGGUUCUGCUCUAGGCUCGGGUUCACCAGAAGAUAUCAAGGGUAUGCACAUGCCUCGUGCAGGUGAAGAGGAAGGAUUUGAGGAUGUCGGUGCUUCGGGUGUUCUCGUCAAUGAAAAAGAGACCGGUCCGGACACUGAUCUGGAAGCUAUUUCUGAACAGCCCGCUUCUUCACAAGGGGCAUCACACAUUGAAACAGUCUCAACCGCGUCUCCCCAAAAUACCCCCACCUCCUCUGAGGCUCCAUCAUCUGCCACUGGCCUUGCCGAUCAAAUCGGUGACAUCCAUCUGAGUGCUGAGCAGCAGAAAACUAUCGCAAAAGAAAAUGAGGAACCACUGGUUGCCGCUGAGUCUGAAGAUAUUCCCCCUCCCCUCUUCACAGCGAAGGACCAAGCACCCGAAGCCAGUCCGUCGAAUGACCAGGCAGAGGGAUCUGCUACCAAUCCCGAAAUUCCUCAGGAGACAAGCCAUAAUGACGGUGGCGGCGAGGAUCCUGCAGAGCAGUACAUACAGUAUGACACAGAUGGACAACCUGUUGUAGGAGACUAUCUGAAAAUAAUGUUUGUCGAGAAUAAGGUAGUCCCAACUAUCUUGGGUUUCUUCUUCCGCUUCCCGUGGAACAACUUCCUUCACAAUGUCGUGUACGAUGUUGUUCAACAAGUUUUCAACGGCCCCAUGGAGCGCGGCUACAACCGAGCCCUUGCGGUCAAUGUUUUCGAAAAUGGCCAGAUCACCAAUGCCAUUAUUGAAGGCCAAAAGCGAAGCGACGAGGUUCAGAAGACCAAGCAGAUUCGUCUCGGCUACAUGGGCCACCUGACUCUCGUGGCUGAGGAAGUAGUCAAGUUCAGCGAACGUCAUCCACCGGAGUUACUUUCGCGCUCUGUCAUGGAGUCCGUACUCAAUCCCGAGUGGAUCGAUUAUGUCGAACAGACGCUGUCUGAGACACGGGAGCGGGACAACGCCAUUCUAGGUGGAGUUCGCCCUGAUAUGUCCGUUGGGUCUCGCCAGACUGGCAUGAGCUCUGGUCAGGGAUUCAGCAGUUCAAAUGCUCUCGCUGAAGCGGGUCUGAACGGCGGCAUUGGUGGAUCUACCUUCCAAGGCUUUGAUAUCAACCAAGGAAGUGUUUCCGGCGGAAACUUUGGAGGUGGCGGUACCUCUCUCUUGAGUGGAUUUGCCAGCUCAAGCGACGAUGACGAAGAUGAGGAAAUGGAGGACCAGGAUGACAGAGAUGCCACUCAUGUGGAUCAAGGCGAAUCCGAGAAUGUAUCAACAAGCUCUACAAGUCAGCCAAUCCCUAUUCUGCCUCCUCCUCCAGCUCCAUUGAGUACCGGGCCUUCCCGAGCUCGACGCCAGCUAGCGGCACGAUUGGCAGCCCAAAAGCAGUUAGCAGCUGAAAAUGCAGGGGGGGAAGCGGAUGGAGACAAACCACACGAGGCCGAAAGCGGGGACUCGCAGUGGCCUAGCAACCCGUUCGUCAUUGCCGGCAUUGACGACGACGCAGACGGUAGCAACUCUGCAUUCCCGAACACCGACUUUGGGUCUCAUGUAGACGACUCUUUUGUUCCCGGCUUCCAGGAGGCUGGUUUCAGUCCGCCUGACUCCUUUUCCAACUCCUCGGAUGAAGAUGGCGAUGGACAGAAUGAGUCUAUGCGGCGACGUGUCCGCGUACCUCUUGAGGUGGAGGACGAAGAUGAUGAUAUGGGUGAAAUGGUGGGACCCAGCGCGCCUGGUAUGAUUGAUUCGGACGAAGAAGAAGAUGCUAUCAUCAACGAAUCUUUGGGCUACUCUAAUCUUACGGCUCCUAGUCGAUUCACUGGGUUCCGUCGCCCACGAGCUGUAAGCUCCCAUUUCGACGAUGACCAAAACAACAGCAGCGAUGGUGAAGAUGAUGGUCUGGUAGAGAUUCUCGUUCCAGGCCGAAAAUCCUCUACCUCGAAUUAA